AGCCCGCGAUGCCAUCGUCCUCUUCAUUCCUCCGUGGUCUCUUCCCCGCCGCGGACGAAGCCCUAGCUAAACCCCUCCUCGUCCCCACGCCGCCGCGCCGCGCUCGCUCGGGGGGAAGCGAUGGGGAAGAGCAGCGGCAGCAAGAACAAGAAGAAGAAGGACAGGGUGAUCCUGCCCCCGCAGCUGCCGCCGGAGCUCGACGACGACGAGGUCGUGGUCUCCGACGAGGACCUCGAGUUCUUCGGGGCCAACGACGCCCACGCCCGCGCGCUCGCCAGCCUCGACAGGAAGUCCAUCGACUCCUACGUCACCAGGGUCGCCCACCACGUCGGGGACGAGGUCGAGCGCCUCUACGAGGAGCGCGAGCGCCGGAGGAAGGCCGCCGAGGCCCUCAGGCCCAAGAAGGAUGACGACGCCGACCUGGAGGUCGACCGCGUCGACGCCCUCCCCGUCAAGACGCUGCAGGGGGAGCUGGUCUACAACAACGCCAAGAAAGCAAGAUUUGAUGACAGUUCCAAUGGUGUUGAAACUAAAUCUGAAGACAGAGGAGCAAAUGCAAAACAAACCCUCCAAAGAGGAGAACGGAAGUCAAAAUCCAAAAGCAAAAAGGGAGAUGAUAAAUUGCAAAAUGAUCAUGCUCAUACUGAAGCUCCCAAUGGAAAAUUGCAGUCAAAAGUGCUGGAAGAGGUGAAGGAGGAACUUUCAGCCGAGGAAUUAUUUGAGAAAAAGAAGGCUCAGCUGGCUGAAAUAGGGAUGUCUAUGCUUGAAGAUCCUGAGGCAAACAUUAGAUCUCUGAAUGAUAUGUUGCACAUAUGCAAUGAAAAAGACCAGAAGGUUGUUAAACUUGGUCUGAUGUCUUUGCUUGCUGUGUUCAGGGAUAUUAUUCCUAGCUACCGGAUUAGGCAGCUGACGGAUAAAGAGCUUGCAGUAGAGGUUUCAAAAGACGUAAAGAAGAUGAGAUAUUAUGAAUACACACUUCUUCGCUCCUACAAGGCAUAUCUGCAGAAAUUAAUCUCCUUGGAGAAGCAGCCAACUUUUCACACUCUGGCUGUUCGAUGCAUAUGUACUUUAUUAGAUACUGCUCCACAUUUCAACUUUCGUGAAAGCAUACUUGCUAGCGUGGUGAAAAAUUUAAGUUCUCCAGAUGAUGCAGUGAGGAAAAUGUGUUGUGAAACGAUAAAGUCCCUUUUUAUAGAUGAGGGAAAGCAUCGUGGUGAGGCAACUAUUGAAGCUGUACGAUUGAUUGCUGAUCAUGUGAAGCUCAACGAUUGCCAACUCCAUCCUGAUAGCAUUGAGGUCUUCUUAUCUUUGAGAUUUGAUGAAGAUAUUGGAAAAGAUGACAGUGAGGAAGAAAAGGGAAAACCAAAGAAGAAUAAACGACGGCAAAACCAAGAAGUUCCAAAGCAAUUGCCAGUGAGUGACAAAAAGAAAGCCAAGCAGGAAUUGAUAUCAAAGGCUAGAGAAGAGGUUGAUGCUGAACUUAGAGCUGUUUCCUUUACUCUUGAUCCAAAGGAAAGGAGAAGGAUACAGAAAGAAACACUAUCAUCUCUUUUUGAGACUUACUUUCGCAUUUUGAAGCAUAGCAUGCAUACAAAUUCUAGGGGCAAGGUCAUUAAUGUCUCCUCAGAUGGCUCACACCCACUACUUGCUCCAUGUUUGGAGGGCCUAGGAAAAUUCUCACAUCUAAUUGAUUUGGAUUUCAUGGGUGAACUUGUCGCAUGCCUCAAGAAGCUUUCUGGGUAUACCGACCAUUACUCUGAGAUUCUACAUGACAAUACACUAUCUGUAUCAGAACGUCUGCAAUGCUGCAUAGUUGCGUUUAAAGUUUGGAGAACCAACCUUGAAGCUCUGAAUGUAGACCUGCAAGACUUCUUCGUCCAGCUUUUUAACCUCAUACUGGAGUAUCGGCCUGACAGAGAUCGUGGUGAGGUAUUGGCUGAUGCUCUGAAGACACUUCUCUGGGAAGGCAAACAGCAGGAUAUGAUAAGAGCAGCUGCUUUCAUUAAACGCCUAGCAACGUUUGCUCUGUCCUUUGGUUCUGCAGAAGCCAUGGCAGCAUUAAUCACACUGAAGCAUCUUCUUCAAAGGAAUAGCAAGUGCAGAAACAUGUUGGAAAAUGAUUCUGGUGGUGGCUCCCUGUCUUGCUUAGUUGCGAAAUAUGACCCAGAAGCUAAAGAUCCUUACCUGAGUGGGGCACUUGCCUCAGUCCUAUGGGAGCUUAGCCUUCUACAGAAGCAUUACGAUUCCUCUGUUUCCUCAAUGGCCUCAAAUAUCUUGAGCAUGGCUAAUUUGAAUCCUACACAGAAUCCUGUUCCGAUUUCAAACGCAAACCCUCUAGAAGCAUAUAGAGACUUGUCAAUGGAACAGGAAUUGUCUAAAUCGGCGAACAAAGUGUUGCAACUGAAGUGCAAAAAGAUGAGGCGUGGUAAGGAGUUUGUUGCCCUAAGCCCCUCUGUACUUCAGGGAUCAGAUUGCAUAGCGAAUGGAGAUGAACUCAAAGGAAAGUUACAGAAUCAUUUCGCUGUGCUACGAGGCAUCUCGGAGAAUGAGAGAUUGAGGGCUGAGUUGAAUCACACGUUGUCAUCUAUUAACCUGUACAAGGAGUACAAGAAGCAGAAGAAAAGCGCGAAAACAAAGUCUGGUAAGAAAAAGAUAGUAAGGGCUUAAGUCCUGCAUUUUGGGGAAAGUUCUGCACACAGUAAUCAACCGUGCGCAGGUUUCACAGUUUUGGCAUAUACCCACUUUGUAACUUUAUGUUAAGAUUUCACAUUUGCAGGUGGUGGUUUUGUAUACACUUUGCGUUAUAGUCUUAUUCCUGACAUGUCUUUUGUUGUUGUUGUGUGGACCUAACCAACCUUAGAAAUUGCUGCCGCUGUAAAAGAUACAACAGUGGCAUUCUUCUGUUCUUUAGUUGCUAGCAAAUUGCCUGUGCAUUGCAAUUGGAUUUUAUUUUAAAAAUAUCAAAUAUCAUUAAUAUGCUAUUACCAA